AUGUUUGCUUCAGCUAGCCUCACGACCCUUUUGUUCCUUCUGCUAUCCCAGGAUGCAUCGGGAACACCAACAACAUCAACGGCUGUCGUUGGGCGGAGCAUGCCUAUCCGCAGGCUUAACCCUUCUUCACAGAACCUCACACUGGUGGCUCAGCAAGCAAAAGACCAAAGAGAUGUGCUUGUUGUGAAGUACGGUGGCCAGUCGCUUCAGCAGAGGGGUACUGGGUAUAACCUGUAUGUAAAGUCUUUCAUGUCCCAAGUCUACUAUGGAAGCAUAGCAAUUGGGACGCCGCCAGUGUCCUAUGAUGUGAUUCUUGACACCGGUUCAUCCGAUCUCUGGCUGACUGGUUCUGCUUGCGGAUGCGGAGCCAGCCCUACAUACGAUCCUGCGAAAUCGUCCACUUUCCAGAAUCUCUCGACACCGUUUGAGAAAUAUGGCUCUGCUGCAUUGGCUGGUUAUGUUGCUGAGGAGACUGUUCAGAUGGCUGGUUUUUCGGUGGCAAAACAAGGCUUUGGCGUUGUCAUUGCUCCUUCGUCGGCCUUCACCACGAACCCUGUAUCAGGAGUAAUGGGUCUUGCCUGGAGUACGCUUUCUUCCACGAAACAGACGCCCUUCUGGCAAACUCUGGCUAGCGGUGGAAGUUGGGAUUCUGCGUUAUUCGGGGUGCAGCUUACACGCUAUGACAAUGUGUAUAAUGUAACUCAAAGCGAGCCAGGAGGAGUUAUUGACAUGGGUUACACCAACAGCAGUCUCUACACGGGAUCAAUUGAAUACCAUAACCUUGUUGGAACACCGCAAUACUGGGAGAUUAACAUGAACACAUUGACUGUACAGGGAAAGUCCAUCGAUAUCGCAGGGAUCUCAACUGCUAUCAUCGACACCGGAACCAUAAACAUUGCAGGCCCCGCCAGUGCUAUUGCGAGCAUCUACGCACAGAUCCCUGGAUCACAAGCAGGAACGGGCCAAUUCGAAGGAUAUUACGCUUUUCCCUGCAGCACGACGGUGAUUGUACAGUUUAACUUUGGUGGUAACAAUUGGUCAAUGAGCCCCGUGGACUUCACGCUCUUCGAGGUCAGCACCACGGAGUGCCUUGGGGCUUUCUUCGUAUCCUCAAUCGGCCAAGGGGGUCCUUCAUGGAUUAUUGGCCACGUAUUCCUUAAAAACGUUUACUCUGUCUUCAAGUACAGCCCCGCCUCAGUUGGUUUUGCUGCGCUGUCAGAGACUGCUAUCGCUCAGGAUGGUAUCAAAGGUGCUGUACCAUCCCCGACAAUCGGCGCUGUGACGUUUGCCACAAACACUGGUGCUGUAUCAAGUGAUGUGUCAGGUGGCGUGCCAAGUAGUCCUUUGAGUAUAUUGCUCUGUUUCUGGCUGGCUUCUGCAUCGAUAGCUAUUUUGUUCUGACGAUUUUGUUGAUACGAACAUCUAACAUAAUUACAGGCUGUGUUAAUACGGACAUUUCACAUGAUUAUCCAUUCGUUGCAAGAGAACUUAUGCUGGAGUC